GGAAAUAGGAUGGGCGAGUGCUUGCCCGCCUCCAGGAAGUUUCCAUUCCCCCGCUUGUUUGGGCCGUGUCCGCCAAGAGUUGUUUCGAAGCGGGCGCGAGGCGCCAAGAUGCCAGUGGCGGUGAUGACGGCGACGAGCGGCGCCUUCAGUUACCGAAAGCUGCUGGAGCAGUGUGAGACUCAGGAGCUGGAGGCCCCUGGAGGAAUAACAACAUCACCUGUUUAUGCUCAACUCUUGGCUUUGUAUCUUCUGCAUAAUGAUAUGAAUAAUGCCCGUUAUCUCUGGAAAAGAAUCCCUUCUGCUAUUAAGUCUGCAAAUCUUGAACUUGGUGCAAUUUGGGCAGUAGGGCAGCGUAUCUGGCAAAGAGAUUUCCCUGGAAUAUAUACAACAAUUGAUGCCUAUCAGUGGUCUGAAUCUAUUCAGCCAAUUAUGGAAGCACUUAAAGAUGCAACAAGGCGGCGAGCAUUUGGACUAGUCUCUCGGGCAUAUCCUUCCAUAAGCGCAGAUGACUUUGCAGCCUUUGUUGGACUUCCUGUAGAAGAAGCAGUAAAAGGAGUUCUUGAUCAGGGAUGGCAAGCAGAUUUGUCAACUCGAAUGGUUAUGCCUAAAAAGCCAGGUCCUCAGGAGCCUACAUUUAAUAGGUUUCAUCCACUAUCAGAACCUGCUCCAGUUCCACCAAUUCCUAAUGAACAACAAUUGGCUCGAUUAACUGACUAUGUAGCUUUCCUUGAAAAUUGAAAACUCUGAUCACUCAUUCAUGACAUGCGAUGUACUUUGAGAUUCAUUUGCAUUUUGUUUAUUCUGUUCAGUGUUGCAGUGUAUGCAUUACAGUGGAACAUAAUUUUACAUUUAACUAUAUAGAUUUUAUUGGAGCAAGUCUUUCAAUUUAAUUACCAUAUUUAAUUGGCUGAGUAUGUAGACUUAAACAACUUAUUGUGGAAGAAGUAGUUCUUCCCCAUUUAUAAUCUAUCAUAAAUUGUAAGAAAAGUUAACCGCUACCAUGGCUCAGCUGAAAACCAAACAUUGAAAAGGACAGGGAAGACGAAAAUCCAGUCAAGCAAUGCUCUUAAAACUAAGUCUAUCAGAAAACAUUGCCGUGUCUUUGUUUUGAUUAUAUAUUGCUACACAUUUACAAUGAGUUUCUGCUUUGACUUGUCACACAUUGGAAUAUCUAAUGGCAGAUUUUGAAGGCUAUUAUAUUUUGAUAUACUUUAAAAGAUCUGUCCUUGAAUAUAAGCACACAUUAAAUCUGGAAGAUACCAAAAUGUGUAUUUGGUAAAAUAUAUGCAUGGCUAAUAGUUCUUGUACAACAGUUCUGUUAGCAUUCUAGUUUGAGACUU